UUAAAGCAUUCAAGCACGGGAUCUUGUAAUCGGAGAUUUCGUUCACUUAUUACCAAGAGGCCGUUAUUUGAAAAAUGAAACAAGCGAAAAUGGAAGAAGGAAAUGGGGUCGAUCACUUUGCUUGCAUCCCGGAGGAACUACUCUUGUUGAUAUUAAGCCGGAUUGAUGACCUAAAGCAUCUGUGCAGAUACUCCCUUGUCUCGAAGCGUUUUGCUUUGGCUAUUUAUGAAUUGAGAUCUGUUCAUUUGACUCUUCCAAGUACAAUACGGUCUACCGAAUCAGCAGAUGAAAUCUGUGAACUUCUCCCUAAGCUGGCAGGCUUUACCAGAGAAGAAAUGAUUGAGUUCAUCAAGUCCUCACUGAUUAAGGAGUUGGGGUUCUUCUCAUUCCUUCGGAACUUCAGGGAACUCAGAUCUAUUUCGUUGGACUUGACAUGUCCUCGUAGCAUCUGCAGUUCCUCAUAUUGGAAAGUGAGGGUGAAAUUCAGCAAUGGUGGAGCCUUGGUGGAUCUUUUUCUGGAACUACCAGCUUAUGUUUCCGGGCAGGCUUCUUCAUCUUCAUCUGACGAGGCUUAUUCAUCUGAUGAGACUUCUUCAUCUGAUGAGUCUUCAUCCGAUGACGACGUUGCACCAGCAGACGAAGGAAUGCGCAACAACACAUUGUUUCUCUUUAGAUGUUGCAGUAUUUGGUUACUUGUGCUAUGUUUGCUCAUCAAAUAUAACCCUUCGCUUGUGAGUGUCACCAUCACAAAUCGCAAGAAAGCAGGGAGAGUAUUUGUGAGCAAUGUAAAUCUUCUUGCACGGAGAAACAAGUUGAAAGAAGCACAACUAGGCUCAUUGGAUCAGACAAUUGCUUGGAUGUGCGACUCGAAAAUCCUGGAAUCAGGAUACAUGGUGAAAGUAGUGAAUUAUGGGACCUUGGAUGAACUAGAUCAUGAUUCCGGCAUGUUAGAUGUCGGUGAUGUAGUGACUUGGGAGUAUACUGGGGACGAAAAGGACUUACGAGAUCUGUUGUUGGAGUUUGUAGGUAAAUAUAAAGAAUCAUUUCCUUAAAACUGAUCCAAGUUUAACUAUGCCGGCAUCAAAAUGACUCUUCUCUCGUUUAGUUUAAUGUUAAUGUUAAUUUGGGACUAAGUUUGAUAUUUAUCUUCAUCUAGGAAUGUUUCUAUCUUGGUUUUGUACAUUGCUUUCUAUUUUCAGAUGGAUGUUUCAUGUUUGUAUAAUAAUAUCUCUAUCGUGCUUUUGCACUAUUUUCGCACUA